AUUGCACAAUUCUUGACUUCGAAAUCUGCAUAUUCACUUCAAGUUCUAAAGUUGAAUAACAAUGGGCUUGGCGCCGGAGGAAAAAGAAUUGCAAAGUGCUUACGUGAGUGCCACGGGAACGCCUUUAGAGAUGGUUAUGAGUUCAAAUUGAAAACAUUUAUUGCUGGAAGAAACCGUCUGGAGGAUCCCGGAGCUAUAGCCUUGGCUGAAGCGUUUGAGAACCUAGGUACUCUCGAGGAAGUCGUCAUACCACAAAAUGGUAUCCGUGCAGCAGGAAUUUGUGCUCUAGCACGCUCAUUUCGAUCGAAUCCUUCACUUCGAAUAAUUAACGUCAACGACAAUACGUGUACGGUCGAGGGAGCUUUGGCACUAGCUGAUGUUCUUGAAGAUCUCACUCACCUUGAAGUCCUUGAUCUUGGUGACAGCUUAUGCAGAGAUGACGGAAUUGUGAACAUCUGUGAAGCGCUCCAACGUCACUUCAAACUACAGUAUGUAGACUUCUCUGGCAAUGAGUUAUCAGCUGAAACUGGAGAAUCAGUCGUUACAAUGUGGAAGGAAGUUUUCCUAGCCGAAGGCCAAGUUGUAAAGUUGAAGAUGACGAAUAACUGCUUUGGAUCACGAUUCUAUGAUAUAAAAGAGAUGGCUGAGGGUACUCCUAUCGAUCUUGGCGAAAGCGAUGAUGACGAAGGGACUCUGUCCGAGUGCUCUGAUGAGUUUGUUGAGUCAGAAAACGACAGCGAGGAUGAAGAGGAGGACUACGACGAUGAAGAAGAAGAUUUGCAAGCAGGAGGUGAUAGAAAUGAUGAAGAUGAUGGAGGAGACCUCAGCGAUUUGCUGAAUAGCAUGGGUGACAUGAAAUUCACGGAGCCUCAAGGCAGAGAAGUUGAUGAUGUCGUGUCGUUCCUCAAUCAGCAAUUGAAGCUCGACACCGCCCAGGAU